AUGGGUUUAGGCGAGAAAUUCCACCACGCAGCUGAGAAGCUCCAGCAGAUGGGCAACAAGAACAACAACGACGACUCCUUUGGAGACUCGAACAAUGAUUCGUACGGGUCGAACCGCAACGACGACUCCUAUGGUAACAAGAACAAUUCUUCGUCGUUCGGAGGUUCCAACAAUGACUCGUAUGGCUCCGGUGGUAACAACAAUACCUCGUCCUUUGGCGGCUCGAACAACGAUUCCUACGGCUCUGGAGGCAACAACAAUUCCUCGUCGUUCGGUGGAUCCAACAAUGACUCGUAUGGCUCCGGUGGUAACAACAACUCGUCCUUGGGCGGCUCGAACAACGACUCUUACGGCUCCGGUGGUAACAACAAUACCUCGUCCUUUGGCGGCUCGAACAACGAUUCCUACGGCUCUGGAGGCAACAACAAUUCCUCGUCGUUCGGUGGAUCCAACAAUGACUCGUAUGGCUCCGGCGGUAACAACAACCCGUCGUUUGGCGGCUCAAACAAUGACUCGUAUGGCUCCGGUGGUAACAACAACUCCUCCUUUGGCGGCUCGAACAACGAUUCCUACGGCUCUGGAGGCAACAACAACUCGUCCUUCGGCGGCGGCUCAAACAACGAUUCCUACGGCUCUGGAGGCAACAACAACUCGUCCUUCGGCGGCGGCUCAAACAACGACUCUUAUGGCUCCGGCGGUAACAACAACCCGUCGUUUGGCGGCUCAAACAAUGACUCGUACGGCUCUGGAGGCAACAACGACUCCUACGGCUCGGGCAACAACAACGACUCCUACGGCGGUGGUAACAGUGGCUCCUACGGCGGCGGCAACAACAACUCGUAUGGCGGCAACAAUGAUAAUUAUUAA